CCUUGGCUGUGGAGUGUUGGCUGGGGUUGGUGCGGGCUCCUGUCUGGGCUGCACUUGGUCCGCAGUUCUGCUCCGGGGGCUUUUGUGUCCGGCCUCUGCUUUGCUUUCUGUGCGCGAGUUGGGGUUUUUUUUUUUUGUUNCCUGCUCCUCGCGCUGCUCCCCGGCGGAAGCCGUGAGGCUCAGAGGCGGCAACCCCCCCACCCCCAGGCAAGGAGCGAGCGCGCCGGCGUGAGCGCGGGUGUGACGGCUGCGGGGAAGGGGAUUCGCCGCCGAGAUGCCGGAGUUCCUGGAAGACCCCUCGGUGCUGACGAAGGAGAAGUUGAAGAGUGAGUUGGUGGCCAACAAUGUGACGCUCCCGGCGGGGGAGCAGCGCAAAGACGUGUACGUGCAGCUGUACCUGCAGCACCUCACGGCGCGCAACCGGAAAGCCACAAAGAAAACUGAUAAACCCAGACCAGAAGAUAAAGAUGAUUUAGAUGUAACAGAGCUCACUAAUGAAGAUCUUCUGGAUCAGCUUGUGAAAUAUGGCGUGAAUCCUGGCCCUAUCGUGGGAACGACCAGGAAGCUGUAUGAGAAAAAGCUGUUGAAACUGAGGGAACAAGGAACAGAAUCAAGGUCUUCUACUCCUUUGCCAACAAUUUCCUCUUCAGCGGAAAAUACAAGACAGAAUGGAAGUAAUGACUCUGAUAGAUACAGUGACAACGAGGAAGGAAAGAAGAAAGAACACAAGAAAGUGAAGUCCACUAGGGAUUUUGUUCCUUUUUCUGAACUUCCAACUACUCCCUCUGGUGGAUUUUUUCAGGGUAUUUCUUUUCCUGAAAUCUCCCCCCGUCCUCCUUUGGGCAGGACUGAACUACAGGCAGCUAAGAAAGUACAUACUUCUAAGGGAGACCCACCUAGGGAGCCUUUUAUUGCCACAACCUUGCCUGGCAGGGAACAGUUGCAGAAGUUAGCCUCUGGAAGGAAUUUGUUUAUUUCCUCCAGUUCUAGCCAUGAUAGAUAUUUAGAGAAAAGUUCUUCGACAUCUUCUCAGCAUGAACUCGCUGCCAUGUUGGUCUCUGCUGCAGCUUCUCCUUCACUGAUUAAAGAAACCACCACUACUUGCUAUAAAAACUUAGUAGACAAUAUUUACCGUGGAGAGAAAAGUGGAGUUCAACCAUUAUGUACUGAGAGGUCCCAUGGUUCAAGUCAGUCGAUUCUUUCCAGUGAAAGGAAAACACUAGAAGAGUCUGAGAGAUCACAAGUAAUUUCUCCACCCCUUGCUCAGGCAAUCAGAGAUUAUGUCAAUUCUCUGUUGGUCCAGAGUGGGGUAGGUAGUUUGCCUGGGACUUCUAACACUACACCCUCACUGGAUGUAGAAAACAUAUGGAAGAGAAUUGAUGUAUCUAAGUUUCAAGAAACUGAUUCCCUGUCUCCUCCACAAAAAUUGCCUAGACUCAGUAAAAAGUCAGAAGAGGGAAAGGAUUCAGGUUCCUCUGUGGCAUUUCAGAAUAUACGUGGGUCUGAGCUGAUGUCUUCAUUUGCCAAGACUGUUGUCUCUCACGCACUUGCUACCUUAGGCAUAGAGAUGCCUAAGCAAUCACAGCAUGAUAAAGUAGAUGCCCCAGAACUAUCUUUUCCUUUCCAUGAAUCUAUUUUAAAAGUAAUUGAAGAGGAGUGGCAGCAAGUUGACAGGCAGCUGCCUUCAUUGGCAUGCAAGUAUCCAAUUUCUUCCAAAGAGGCAACACAGAUACUAUCAGUUCCAAAAGUAGAUGAUGAAAUCCUGGGGUUAAUUCCUGAAGCCACUCCACCAGCAGGUAUUCAGAUAGCUUCAACUGAUAAACAGUUGGACUUAGCACUUUGUAGAACAUACGAAGCUGCAGCAUCAGCAUUGCAGAUUGCAACCCAUACUGCCUUUGUAGUUAGGGCUAUGCAGGCUGACAUUAGUCAGGCCGCACAAAUUCUCAGCUCAGAUCCUAGUCAUAUCCACCAGGCACUUGGGAUUCUAAGCAAAACAUAUGAUUCAGCCUCAUUUCUUUGUGAAGCUGCAUUUGAUGAAGUAAGGAUGGCUGCCCAUACCAUGGGAUCUUCCACGUUAGGUCGCCGUUAUCUCUGGCUAAAGGAUUGCAGAAUUAAUCCAGCUUCUAAGAAUAAGCUGGCUGUUACUCCCUUUAAAGGUGGAACAUUAUUUGGAGGAGAAGUACACAAAGUAGUUAAAAAGCGUGGAAAUAAACACUAAUAAAGGUAAAAUAAAGGCACCCAUCUUAUCUUUGACAUCGGGAACCCAGCAGAUUUUCUAGAAAUUUUAAGUACUUUUAAACCAAAAAAAAAUUUAAGGUCAUUUUAGUUUCCAUAUGGGACUAAUUUCUAAGUGUCAAGCUUCUUUCUACCCAUCAAAUUAUAGUUUUAAAGUAAUUGCCUACAUAGAACUGUCUUUUUUAAAACGUUGCACAGAUAAAGCCUGAUACAAUUUAAAGCCUUGUAGAUCACAGUUUUAUCUCAAAUUGUUCACUCCUGUUUUACCUAAGAUUUUACAACUCUUCAAAACUAAGAAAAUUCUGUUAACUAGAAUAUAAGCAGAGUCUUCACUGGUCUUAAUACCUUUUUAUUUUCUAUAACUUGUCUACAUUUUUUCUUUUAUUUUCUCACUUUUGUUUGUUUUUUACUUAUGUCUACAGUAUCAUUCAUAAUAUUCUAGAUGAUUGCAACUUAGCGUGCCAGUCGUCAAACUGUUACUGAUCCACAGACAAGCACGCACCAGAAUUCGAAUCUAGAGACACUUUAGAUCAGUGACGGGGUUUAUUGUUUUGGUAAAAUUUUAUUGGUAGAGAAAACGGUGUGCUCACCUACAUUCUAUUGUAAGUGCCUCAUUUCUUCAUGGACUGGUGGCAAAUAGUUCGUGGACCACACUUUGAGAAAUACUGCUCUCGACCAUAAUACUCUAGAAUAGUGCAUUCUUACUAUCACUGUAUUUUAUUAGAUGAACUAGAUACUGGAAAGAUGGGGAUUUUAAAGUAACACUUUCAAGGUAUGUUGUAGUUCAUAGGUUUAAUCUAAAUUCUAAAAGCAAAUUUAAGUUAGUUGGGGUGUUUAAGUCAUAAGAAAUCAUACUGUACCCCAGUGUCUUUGUGUUUAUAUAAAACAACAUUAUCUUGUGUUUUCAUUUCUAUGAUUGUAAGAUGAGAGAGUCUAACUGUAGAGGCAUUUGAUAAUCGAAUUUGCUUGUAUUUUUAUGGAAAUAGUAGUAGUAAGUAUAAGCAAAAUACUUAUACUUGGGUACUCGUAGCUAUAUUCCUAGACUAUACAUGUCCAUCUUUGCAGCUUUCUGGGAGUAAUUUUAUUUGUCAUUUGUCUUCUGAAAUGUACAUGUAUACAUGUACCUAAGUGCUAUGUGACUUUAAAAAUGUAUUACUGUAGAAUGCUUCUGCAAAUUCAAUAAAGUUGUUAAAUUUGAACAGUUUUGUGUGGUCUCCAGCAACAUGUUGUAUGUGUGUUUAAUUCUUGGAGUUAAAAUAAGUUAGAUAUUUGUGGAUGAACAUCCUUUUAUCAUUUCAUCAUUGAAACUCACUUGACAUUACUAGGGUAUAGUUGAAAAUAUUCUAAAUGUAGUUGUUUUAUUCUGUUUGAGAACCAUGUUUUUAUUGGCUUUUGGAAUUUAAAAUUUGUAAGAGGGAUUAAUCUGUAACCAGAUACCUUAUUUACUUAAAUCAGUUCCUGCUCAACUAUUGGGUUCUUUGUAUGCUUUCUAAUUCUUAGAACCUGUGUUAACAAAGCUUAAGAUUUUAUAAUGCUAAGGAUUGUCCCAAAUAUACAUAUAUGUGAUAGAUUUAUUAAUAGGAGCUUUGGGAGGGUGGGGGACAGAGUUGAUUAAAUCCUAAAUAAAGAUCGAACUGUUUGAACUGU